AAUCGCUUACCCGUAGGUCCGGACGAAUGGCGAUUACGGACUCGGGCUUCGCUCUCGAUUCCAUCGUCGAAAGGAUAAGCCCUUUUUUGAGGCUCGACACAAGCACCCGAUUUCAUCCUGCCGUAUUACUCUCUCCUCCUCUUGCGAGCACGACCGAAUGCACUGUAGCGGCGAUUUUUAACGCACCCAUCUUCUUCGCGAAGGGUUGUUACUAGGAGAGCCGUAAACAAGAGAAUGGGCAUCUCCGGUCUUAUCGGAUUGAAGGCAACUGUUCUUCUAUUAGCAUUUUGUAUAUUAAAUGAGUUGGACAUGAAAUUAUUUUCGAUACCAGUUAUCUAUGCCUCAUUGAUUUCAUAUCUAGUCGCCAUUGCAUCUCACCCGGCGGUGAAUCUUCCUCUACUCCUCGGCAAGAGCUCAGACGGGAGCUUUCCUUUUUGGUCGAUGCUUCUGUUUUCCCCCUAUUUAAUUUUUGUUCGGAUAUUUGUGCCCUUGAGGAGAUUAAAGAGAAGAGAACCAUUAUACACUGAGAUUUCGGAAGGAUUAUAUGUCGGAGGUUGGCCUUCUUCUUUAGAGGAUUUGCCCCCAGGAAAUCCUGCGGUGAUUGACUGCACGUGCGAGCUUCCCAGAAGCUCUGCAGUCUCUGGAAGUGCUUAUUUGUGCAUUGCUACUUGGGAUACCAGGGCACCUCAGCCAUCACAAAUUGAAUCUGCAGUUCGUUGGGCAUGCAGAAAGAGGGCUUUGAAGAAGCCCGUUUAUGUCCACUGUGCUUUUGGUCAUGGAAGAAGUGUGUGUGUGAUGUGCGCCCUUCUAGUUGCAUUAGGCUUAGCAGAAGAUUGGAAAGCUGCUGAGAAGAUGAUUAAAGAGAAGCGGCCCUUCAUCAAAAUGAAUGCUCUUCACCGCAAAAGUUUGGAGGAAUGGUCGAGACAUCUACUUUCCCCACAAAGAAAUGGAAAAUCAGAUGUGAGUUCUGUGAUUCUCUCAGAUUAUGAUAGAAAAAGAUGAAGUCGAGUUCCUAAUACACGGUUCCCACAAUUUCAUUGUUUUCGCCAUAAUAGUCAUAGUUGAUGUCACUUGCAAAAGAUUUGCAUAGUAUCCUGGCUGUGAAUUUUCUAUUGUUUUUAUUUUGGUUAUUCACUUUCCUGAUUAUUUUUGUUUGGAAGAUAUGACUAAUGCUAAUGAUAUCCAGAAGAGUCUGUCUUUCAAUUAAUAUA